CCUUACAGUUGUAUGCAAACAACACAGAUGGAGAAUUCCUUACAAUUGUGCAUGAUUCUCUUUUGCUUUGUCCUGUUAGCAAAUGCUUCUGAGUUUGGAGUAGAGCCAGGUGGGUGCAACGAAACAAGGUGCGGAGAUGAUGGCCCAACCAUCCAGUUCCCAUUUUGGCUAAAGGGCCAACAGCCAGAACGGUGUAGAUACCCCGGGUUUGAGCUAUCUUGCAACGAGAACGGUGUAGAUACCAUGCUCGAGCUGCCACAUUCAGGGAAGUUGUAUGUAAAGGAUAUCGAUUAUUCCAUGGAGCAGCGGAUUAAUUUAUAUGAUCCAGAUGGUUGCAAUGAUCCAAGACUGCUCCCCAAUUUAACUUCAUCUCCUUUUGCGUUUUACGACUACUCUAACUACACCCUCUUCAAUUGUUCAACUUACGAUAAUUCAGUUCGGGAUGGUGGUAUGCUUAUCCCUUGCUUAAGCAGUACCCAUCAUUACCAAAUCGUAGCUUUAAUGUCUGAUGAAAAUGCUAUUUCUAUGCCGAAAUCUUGCCAGAAGAUGUAUGACUUAGAGCCACUUCCUGUUAGUAUGUAUUACGACAGAAAGUAUAUUUCCUUGCAGUGGAAAAAUACAAUGUGCGGAAGCUGCUAUGUGAAUGGCCAUAAAUGUACAAGGAUGGAAAAUACCUUCAAAACUCGAUGCUUAGUACACAAAAGAGGUUCACCGGCAAAGCUAAUAGGAUCACUCUUAGGUUCCUUUCUUCUUGUGCUAGUCUUCAUUUGUCUCUGCCAUUUCUUUCGCUCAAAUAGACUAGAAAAAGAGAGUCAAGUUAAGAUAGAGAAGUUUUUGCAGGAUUACAGGGCUCUGAAACCCACAAGAUACACUUAUGCCGAUAUUAAGAGGAUAACAAAACAAUUCAAGGACAAAUUGGGACAAGGAGGUUAUGGCACUGUGUUCAAAGGAAACCUUUCCAAUGAUGUCUUUGUAGCUGUUAAGAUCCUCAACAAUUCCAAAGGAAAUGGUGAAGAGUUCAUUAAUGAAGUGAGAUCAAUGGGGACAAUCCACCAUGUUAAUGUGGCUCGCUUGGUAGGCUACUGCGCUGAUGGACUUCGGAGAGCUCUCAUUUAUGAAUAUUUUCCAAACAAAUCUCUUGAAAAGUACAUAUUCUCUGCUAAUGGUAAGAAUCAUACACUUGGUUGGGAGAAGCUUCAAGAUAUUGCUUUGGGCAUAGCCAAAGGAAUUGAUUACCUCCAUCAAGGGUGUGACCAACAAAUUCUACAUUUUGAUAUCAAACCUCAUAAUAUUUUGCUAGACCAAAACUUUAACCCCAAGAUCUCUGAUUUUGGUCUUGCCAAGUUGUGUUCCAAAGAAAACAGUGUGGUUUCUAUGACUGCUGCAAGGGGAACAAUGGGCUAUAUUGCACCUGAGGUUUUAUCUAGGAAUUUUGGGACGACCGUGUCACAUAAGUCAGAUGUAUAUAGUUUUGGAAUGUUACUAUUAGAAAUUGUUGGGGGGAGAAAGAAUAUCGAUAAUACAGUGGAGAACACAAGUCAAGUAUACUUUCCAGAAUGGAUUCACAAUCAAUUGGAUCGUGGAGAAGACCCAGGAAUUCAACUUGAAGAAGAGAGACAUGCCAAGAUAGCAAAGAAACUUGCUAUCGUGGGACUUUGGUGUAUCCAGUGGUAUCCUGUUAAUCGCCCCUCUAUGAAAAUUGUGGUUCAAAUGUUAGAAGGAGAGGGGGAUGAUCUGAAAAUUCCACCAAAUCCCUUUGAGUCCACACAUUCAAUGAAUCAAAGUUUAAUCGUGCCUGAUAGACGCUCUCAUAUAACACUGAGUGUAAUUUCUGAAUCAGAAUGAAAAUAAUAUGCAGCCACGCUCUAGAAAGCAGUAUCUAAAUUUUUCUACCUAAUUCUGAAUGGAAGCACUAUAAUUAAUAAGUAAAUGAUUUUUGUUAAGACUGUUA